UGACUGGUCAACCCGUUUUCCCCGCCCUCUUUUCCGGGUUGAGUUGUUACUUCCGUUCAAUAGAGUUCAGGUGAUACUGCAGUUAAGAGUAUGCAUCCAAGUUCCAGUGAUCGACAGUGUUCAGCAAAAAGAAAGAAAGUUUGUGAGCAAUCCAAAACAAUGAGUAAUGAGAACGAGUUAAUGAGUAAUCCAAAACAGAAACUGGUCAAAGUUUUUUCUCCUGCUGUGUUGACUGUAAAAGAACAAUUCUAUGAUGCUAACUUUCCUUUCUACAAGCAGCCUACAGAACUGGGAUAUUUUUCUCUUGAUGGAGAUAGGCAGUUUUUUAAUGAUGACCGACAAUUACGAUAUUAUGUGGCUCCAGCAAAUGGUCAGUGCAGGAAAUUUAAUCUUCUAGAUGGAUUCAGAGACAGAUAUAUAAAAAGAGAUGAAACAAUUAAGGAAAACCUAGAUCAUUUGUUACAGUGGAUUUUACAAAACCGGCAUCUUUUUGAAGUACCACAUGGAAAGGACAUUCACUGUUCUCGUCGAUUGAACAAAGAUUUUGUUACAUGGCGAGGACACCUCACAAAAAUUUUGACCACCCCAUAUGAGAAUGAAGAGGGAUGGUUGAUGGCAGUGACACUGUUUAAUGGGACGUAUUACAUCAGUGAAGUGGAGACAGAGAUGGCUAAGCGGAAGAGAGAGACACGCACAGAGUUACUGGAAGAGAUGAUGUACAUGGGAUACAAGUUUGAACAGUACAUGUGUGCAGAUAAACCUAAUGGAAUACCUAAUACAGACGGUUUUGUUAACACAAAUGAAGCUUUUUGUACUGUCAUUCAAGCCAAAUUAAACAACCAUUUAUUGCUGUUUUCUGGGGAGGUGGACUGUAAAGACCCUCUGUACAGCAACCAGAGUGCCCCCAGCUGUUAUGUAGAGCUGAAGACAUCCAAGGAGAUGCAUACCCCAAAUCAACAUCGGAACUUCAACAGAUACAAACUCAUCAAGUGGUGGGCUCAGUCAUUCUUGCCUGGAGUACCACAGAUUGUUGCUGGCUACAGAAGUGCAGACAGCACAGUAGCAUCAAUCCAAAUGUUCGAAACCAUGAAGAUUUUUAAUCUCAUCAGGAAUGAAAGAAAUUUAUGGAAGCCAGCUGUCUGCAUGAAUUUUUGUGACGCUUUUUUGUCCUUUGUAAAAAAAGUAGUGAUCGAAGAUAAUCCAAAGUUGGUCCAUCUUUUCUCCUGGGAGCCACGGAAGGAUGUUUCGUACACAGUUCAUAGAAAUUCUGAGUUCACUUUUCUGCCAGACUGGUAUGUGGAUGAGAUGAAGAAACUAGACUAUUGAUAUUCCAGCCUCCAGCAAUAAAACUAAGCAUAAAACAGACAUAUUGUCUUUGGAUUGAGAUCUUCCUGGAAACCAAGUGGUGUUUUUUAGACUUAAUGACUUUGUGUGUGUGUGUGUGUGUGUGUGUGUGUGUGUGUGUGUGUGUGUGUGUGUGUGUGUGUGUGUGUGUGUGUGUGUAUGUCUACUUCAAAUCAUCAAAGUUUCAGGACAUCAAACGUCAUAUGGUCAAAGACCAUAGGAUCAAGGUUCUGAAAAACCAAACAGGAAAUUAAAAAUAAAUAAAUAAAUAAAACAAAAAUCUUUUAUGUUUUUACAGGGGGGAGCAAGCCCACCUGUACCUCCCACACCCUCUGCUACUUAAAUAUACCAACUCCAAGAUCACACUACACUGAGUAAACUGGUAAAUUUCCCAUUCCACACUGUACGUUAAUCUCCAUUCAGGACAUUCGAUGUUUCAGAACUUCGAUCAUCUGGUCUUCGACCAUAUGAUGAUUGAUGUUCUGAAACUUCAAUGAUUUGAAGUAGACCCAUUAUAUAAUACACACAUGCAAUGCAUAUAUGUAUGUGUGUGUGUGUGUGUGUG